GGAAGUAGCAAAAACACUGUGGCUAUCCUAAGGACCCAAUUCCUGGCCAACUAAAAGGAUCCUGCCCCUGGGGCUGAACCUCUUUUCCACUUCUGAACAGGAAACAGCCCCCUAGAUUGCAGAUGGAUUUCAUUGCUGGAGCCAUUGGAGGUGUCUGUGGCGUUGCUGUGGGUUACCCCCUGGACACAGUGAAGGUCCGAAUCCAAACUGAAAAGAAGUAUACUAGCUUCUGGAACUGUGUUCGAGAACUAUACAAAGCAGAGAAGCUCUCUGGCUUCUACAGGGGGCUCUCCCUGCCAGUGUGUACAGUGUCUCUGGUCUCCUCAGUCUCCUUCGGCACCUAUAGGCAUUGCCUUUCUCACAUCUGCAAGCUCAAGUACGGCAAUGCGGCUGUGAAGCCCUCCAAAAUGGACAUCACCCUUUCAGGAUGUGCCUCUGGCAUUGUCAGGGUCACACUGACAUCCCCUACCGAAGUGGCCAAAAUCCGACUGCAGACACAGAAACAGCGUCCGUCGAUAACUUCUACAUCUCCCGGUGAACUCCUUCCCCCACCCAAGUACCAAGGUCCCCUGCACUGCCUGAAGACCGUGGCCAAGGAAGAAGGCUUGAGAGGCCUCUACAAAGGCAGCUUGGCGUUGAUGUUCCGAGAUUGUAAUUCCUUUGCCACCUACUUCCUCUCCUACUCCAUCGUCUGUGAGUGGCUCACUCCAGCUGGGCAGAGUCAGCCAGACAUCCUGGGUGUGCUGUUCUCUGGCGGCUGUGCGGGUGUCCUGGCCUGGGCCGUGGCCACUCCCAUGGAUGUGAUUAAGUCUCGCCUUCAGGCUGAUGGACUGGGCCAGCAGCGGUACCGAGGAUUCAUUCACUGUAUCGCACAAAGCGUGAAGGAAGAAGGAGUGAGGGUCUUGUUUAAAGGACUAGCUCUGAACUGUUGUCGAGCCUUCCCUGUCAACAUGGUGGUUUUUGUUGCCUACGAAGCGGUCUUGAAACUAACCCGGGGUUUCACGACAUAACCGACUUCAUCAUACCCAACGUGCAGGUGGCUCCAUGUGUGGAUGUGAACCAAGCUGGGGUUAGAGGGCUGGGGUGAAACUGAAUUGAAUUCCAGACUUUUGGACUCGGGUUAUAAGUCUCUAGCAGUAAUGGCGCAUUCUAACAGCCAUUGGCUAUGGGAGCUGGAGGAUCCAAGUUGGGGCCCCUGAAGUGAAUGUUCAGGAGUUGAAUGGGCAGCUUCCCAUUCCCUGCUUCCUCUUGGGGUCUCAGUGCUGCUCUCUGGUUAGGUUCUACCUCCCCACCAAUGAUUAAUUCAAAGAGACUGAGUCCAGCCAGACUGGACUGUUAGGUCACAAGUCAUGAAAUGAGUUCUCCAUGUCUAUCUCCUUGGAAGAGGCAGCUCUCUUUCCCCUGUGACUUCAGCACUGCCCUGUUCAUAGGGCCUGCCUACCUCACCCACCUAUUAAAAAGCUUCUGGGAAGGACAGCCUGGUUCUUCAGUAUGUACAUAUUGAUAACAUGUCACACUUUCAGAUGUUUUUUGUAAAUGUUGUGAGUGUAACCUUUCAGAUGUUUUGAACUAUAUGUAAAUAAAAUAAGUGUUUUGCAUGGUUUUAGUAUAUCAGGAAAAGUGAGAACUCUAGAAGUCAAGAAGAUGUGAGUCCAAAUGUUGCCUCAGACAUUUGCUAGCUGUGUGACCCUAAGCACAUCAUUUAGCUUCUCCAAGCCUCAGUUUCCUCAUCUGUAAAAGGAGGAUUAAUAAUACCAUCUACUGGGUGUGCUAUUCUCUGGUGGCUUCCCGGAAUUGUAAAGAGUUUUGCAAACCUUAAAGCAUUAUAUAAGUGCUCACUCUUAUUAUCAUGUAAUGAAUUUUUUGGUAGACCUCAAGGCCAGUAUGAGUCAUCAUGAUGUCAUAGCCAAUAAAAACUAACGUUAUCUGAGGCUUCA